AUGGGUCGGCUAAUAGAUAGCUGCGUAAACUAUACCUACCUUCUUCCUAAUAAGACGUAUGCCACAGGUCUUUCGAACGGGCCCCAAAGUUUUCUUAUAUCUCAGAACAUAGUUUUCCCACCGACAGUUGACAGCACCCCCCAAACAGCAAUUGCUGCCGAUGAAUAUCUUAUACCAGCCAAGCGACAGCUGCUGUCUCCUGCUGUUGCCUCCUCUGCUUUAGUCUCGUUCUUGCCUCCUCCUCUUGAGACUAGUGUUGACUCUAAGCAAAAUGGGCCUAGCAAACGUCCAUAUCCUUACCUGUCUCAUCCGCAACCAUCCUGGGAGUUACCAUUUGAGUGGUGUGGCCGCUUACCCGACUGUCAGUGUGAAUGUCACCUUUCAACCCCUCUCUUGCCCCGCCUUGGCUGCCAUUACGGUCACUCAAGUAUUCAACGGAAAAACCAGCUUCAUUUCGAACUGGCUCCUGAGCCCUACUUAUUUCAAAAGCAGCAACUCGCUACCUCUACAAGUCUCCCUCCCUCCACAUAUCCGACUUUAUUUUCUGUUUCAAACUCAGCGUUGCCACCCCAAUCGUUACAGUAUUCACCAUCACAGCCACCACCAUCACGUUCAUCUGCAAAAAUCUAG